UGCAUGGAUGACGUUAAACAGAGCUCACAGAUGAGACAUCCCUUGAGUCUCUGUGUUCUGAGACCGAAGCCGGAGUGCACGGACGCAUAUUCACCAACUAUGUCUCCAAAUGAGAAAACGGUUGGCGUCUUCCCGGAUUCUCGAGUGAAUGGUUCACUGGACUCUAAGACCCAGUGUACUUCCGAUGCGUCAUUCAAAACUGAGGAAAACCUUCCUAUGGACUCUUUGUACAAACGUCGCAUAUCAGCGAUUGAAGAACCCGCGGCAUAUUCCGUUUAUGGGCAAGAACAACUCACCCAUACUUGUGAGUUCUGUGGUGAAUCAUUUCUCAAAAAGGGUGCUUUGCGAAUGCACAUCAAUUCUGUUCAUUUAGGUGCUAAAGCAGCGCCACACGUGCCGCAUACUGUCAAUAGCUGUGUUCCUCGAUUUCAAGAGUGCGCACAAUUCAUGUGAUCGUUCCAUUCUGUUCAUAAUACUUGUCCGGAUAGGUGUUUUCAUGAAAAAUGUGCACAUUUCACGUGCCAUGUAUUAAA